UAUAUAUAAUACGUCUGCAAAGAUCACGGACACACUAAAUCUCAUAAACACAAUUGCUUAGUGCUUCCACAGUUCAGCAGCCUGCAAUUUAUUCGUAUGUAUUUUAUUCUCUGGUCUAGUAGUGAGAUUCGCAAAUUACACAAGCUUACAAUAUCAAUCAAUUCGUCAUCAACAUACUCACAUAGCGAUUAGUUUACUAAGCAAAUAAAGGACGGAGGUUACAAUUGUAACGAAGUCAACGUGCUAAAACUUAUUGAAUUUAGGAGGGAAAUGUAAACAGUUUCAUAAGAAGAGUUACCAAAGGACAAAUAAAAAUGAAGCCUAAACUUACUCCUAGUAUCAUUUUUUUAAUUUUGCACUUUUUUGCUUCAUCUUCUGCAAGAAUACACAAGUUUGACAUAAAAGAUGAUUUUAGACGUUUCAUAUCUUUAAGUACAUUUGGAUUCUAUAAAGAUGGAAUUUUGGAUGUUAAAUUGAUUAAUUUUAAGGCUGCUCCUUUUGAUGAAAAUGCAGUGUUUGGCUUCACCUUAGAACGAACUAUAAGUGAUGGUAUGAGUCCUUAUGUAGACAGUCGUGAUAAAUGUCUCCUUCAAGGUCCAGUCAAUGUAAAAUCUGAUUAUGAUGUAAGAGAUGAAAUAGCUAUUGUAUACUUUACUUUUGAUUUGAAAAACUUGUUACUUAAAGUCAACUGCAGCAGUAAUGUGCAUUCUGUACAUAUUUAUCGAAACGCAUCUGCAAUUCAUUUCAUGAGAGAUAAAAGAUAUUCCUUUUCGUCAAGAUUGAGCGAUACUGCAUUGUUCCCUAGAAGAAAGCGAGACAUUAUUCCCCAUGAGUUUGAAAAAUCAGGAUCUGCUCUUCAGGAACGUAGUUCCUGCCAACAAACAUUACCUAUGACUGUUCAAGAAAUUAAAGGAGAGAAAUAUUACAACACUAGUUUUGCCAUGUAUGUUGCCAAUGAUGAAGAAGAAGGAUUAUACAGCUUAUAUUUCCACAACUGUCCCAAUUACGUACACCGAGUCGAUGUUAAUUUCUCGGUAGAAAUUAAAGAAAUCAAUAGCGGUAAUUUUCUGAGUGCAGGAGAAAUGCCUUUACCGGAAUUAUACUUUAUGAUGGCUCUCUUAUUCUUUCUUUCGGGAUGCUUUUGGGUGUUCCUUUUGCGAAACAGCAGACAUCCAGUAUUCAAAAUUCACUAUCUCAUGGCAAUUUUAGUAUAUCUAAAGUCAUUUUCUUUAUUAUUUCACGGAAUAAAUUUCCACUUCAUUGAAACAAAAGGUGAACACGUUGCAGCAUGGGCUAUACUUUAUUAUAUUACACAUUUAUUAAAAGGAGCAGUUCUAUUUAUUACUAUUGUAUUGAUCGGAACUGGUUGGACAUUUAUCAAACAUAUAUUGUCAGACAAGGAUAAAAAAUUAUUUAUGAUUGUCAUCCCGCUUCAGGUUUUAGCAAACGUUGCGGAAAUUAUAAUCGAAGAAAGUGAGGAAGGAGACAUUGAGCACAAAAGGUGGCGCGAUGUAUUCAUUCUUGUUGACUUAAUAUGUUGCGGGGCUAUAAUGUUUCCCGUUGUUUGGAGUAUAAAACACUUGCAAGAAGCAGCACACAUGGAUGGUAAAGCUGCUGCCAAUUUACGUAAAUUAAAACUAUUUAGGCACUUUUACAUCAUGAUCGUUUGUUACAUCUAUUUUACGAGAGUUAUAGUCUACUUGCUAAAGAUUACAGUACCUUUUCAAUACGAAUGGUUAGAUGAAAUGUUUAGAGAAAUGGCUACUUUUGUGUUUUUCGUUUUAACUGGAUACAAAUUCAGACCAGCUUCAGCAAAUCCUUACUUUACACUGUCACCCGAAGAACUAGCUCAAGACGAUGAUGAAACCGACAUAGUUUUAUUUUCUAGUGUCUCGGGCAGCAGUGGCGUCACAGAAGGACUCAGUAAAGUAAGCAAAGUUAUUAAAGUCAACAAGCCGCUAUCGUCUGAAGUACCAUCCACUGAAGAAGAACGGGAUAACUUGAUUAGCAGGAGGGAAUCUUCACAUGAGUAUGACUGAAUGGGUAUUUUUUAUAGUUGAAUUUGUGAAAACUGAAUGAGAGUGAAUAUUUUUAUAAGAGUUAUUAUUGCCCUGAAGAGAAAGCCUGAUUAGUUAAUUUCUUCACAAAGGUCAGUCUGAAAUGUGCUGCAGGCAAUCAAUAUUCUAUCAUAUUUCAAAAUUUACUCCACGUUUUGAGGCUAUCGAUUUGAGUAACAAUGUUUUGUGACUCAUUCGAGCUAUCUGACCAAAUGGGGAAAAAUCUUUCUCUUUAAAGCAACAAACCCACGAAGCUUCAUCAAUUAAAUAAUUUUCUUUUGAGCCACGAGCUUUAUUUGAGAGAACAAAUGUCAUAGUACUUUAAAGUUAUCUAAUACAUGUACUAAUGAUAGUACGUAACAUACAUAGUUGAACAUGCACGUUGUAUUUUCUCAAAUUUACUCUAAAUAGUGUAACCAUUACAUUUCUGACUGAAAAUUAAAGUUUCUUUUCCAAUAAAAGUGAUUUUCCACAACAAGCAUUCCGCUAUGACAUUUAAAAAUUGUCUAUAACUACAAACAAACAGCAAUUUCGCAAUAAGAUUUUGUAUUUUAUUAUUGAAUGAAGUUUAGAAAAAGAGAACAUUUGAAGGUUAAAAAUUAUUAUGAAGAUUAUUAUUAUUCAAUCCUGAAAUAUAGUAAUUAUGUAUUCCCGUUGAUCAAAUUUGGAUUCAAUAACUAUCUAGACAAUAAUGUAACCAUUUAGCACAAACCUUAGUAUGCUCUGUACCAUUGAGUAAAUUGUGAUAUACUCGCGCAUUUUUAUUUUAAAGUAAUUCAAGAAAUGCAUGAAUUUUUUUUAAGCUUACUCUUCGUUGCGGGGAAUGUAAUGUAUUAGUGUAAUAGUAAUAUCCCUUUUUUGAGUGAAAGUGAGACAUGAACAGCUUACACAUCACAGUUUAAAGUUCAUAAUGAUGACGCAAAACCAGUUAUUGGGAAAAUAUUGUUAUUGGUGUAAAUAUAUAUCGAAAUUGAUAUUUGGUAUAACAUAUAAAUAGUGCAAAUUGAGUGUGAUGUAGAAUGAUCUGCGAAAGUAGUAUUGUAUCUUAAUUGCAAACAAGCUUUCGAUCAAUUAUUUGAUAAACAUUGAGAAAAAAAUUUAUAACCGCAUUGAUGUAGCUUUAAAUUCGUUUUACAACUUCAUUAUGAGUUGAGCAAUAAUACAUAUGUACAUGUGAUAGAUUAUUAAUAGCAACAAUGUACUUGAAAUCUGCAGAACGAUUUAUUUAUAUAAUACUAUUAAUGUAAUGUGCAUAAUUAUUAUUACAAUAAACGA